ACGACGCAAACUCGCCGAUUCAAAAUCGUUUCACUCUUGUGCAUGACAUUAAGAUAUUUUUAUUUUCAACUUUUAAACGAGGCCAUUCUAUUCUUGAGAACACCGGUACAAUGAACGACCAGUUGCUCCAGGUGAAGGUGAUACCAGUGGAAGACAGUUUUGUACAUCUGUCAUCCAAAUUGAUUCGAGAGCUAAACAUUCAGUCAAAUCGCAAUCAUUCGGUUUGCUUGAAAAUCACUACGGUUGAUGGUACGCCCAGAGAGUUUUAUACAUCGUUCAGUCAAACACCGUUCAAUUCUAACGGAGAUGAUGCAUUGAACAUCAGUCAUGAACUAUCAUCGACAAUGGGACUUGAUAAUUCACAACAUGUACUGAUCACAAUCAUUGGUCCAGUGCAUCCAUUAAAUCGUGUUUAUGUUACUCCAGUUACCAAUGAAGAUUGGGAUUUAUUGAUGUUAAAUAAUGCUUCUCUUCAAGAUGGUAUUUUACAUCAGCUUCAAAUAGUUCAACGGAAUCAAAUUUUUCCAAUAUGGGUAUCUAAGUUUAUACAUUUAAGAGUAUUUAUAGAUGAUUUAGAUAACGGUGUUGAAGUAGGAUUAUUAAAAGAGUCAACAGAAAUAGUUGUGAAGCCAAAUGUUCUUAUUUCUGGAACCAAUAAUAAUGAGAGAUGUAUAAAUAUUGACCAAAAUGUAAAUAAUUGUAUGCAAAUCAAUACAAUCAAUGAAAAUAACUUCAUUCCUAUUACAAAAUAUCAAAAUUGUUUUAUUUAUCGUACAAUUUUUGUUGAAAAAACAUUAUUAGAGUCUGAUUAUAUUUAUGAUUAUUGUGCUCUAAUUUCUAAAUCACAUAUGUCAGUAUUAUUUGAAGAUGAGGAUGUAUAUUGCCCUGAUCAUAGUUUUGUUAAAAUAUCACUUUUACAUGAAUUGGAUCAAACAAAAUCAAGUGAAGAUAUUCAAAAUAAAUCGAAAACUAAAAAUUUAUCAGUUAUUAUACGAUUGUGUCCAUUGGAUCCAUUUAUGAAUAACAUUGAAAAAAUGGAAAUUAUUAAUUGGCCAACUAUUUAUAUAACUACUACUUUAAAGAAAAUGUUGAAUGUAAAAAUGAACUCUAAAGUUAUAUUGGAACCUGUUAGUGAAAUUGAUAAUGAAAUUUGUAGUGUUGAAACUAUAAAUAUUUCUCCUUUAAAAAAUAUGAAAAUUGUUGAUGAAGAAUCUCUAAUAAAAUCCACAAUAAAACGAUUGAAAGAUGAAAUAGCUCAUCGAGAUGUUUUGGUUUUAAAUGAUUCAUCUAUAUUGCGGGUGGUCUUCAAUAAAUUAACAACAUUAGAUGUAUUAGUGACAUUUUCCCCAUCAAUUGUUCCUUAUAUAUUUCUUAAUGAAUAUAACUUUGAAAUGCUUACAUUCACAUAUAAGACUGAAAAUAAUUAUAUUAAUAUAUAUGAACCACAGCCAAUUGAAGAAAGUUUUAUAUGUAAUACAUCUAAAUUGGAAUAUUAUGAUCUUAAGUGUUUCAAAGAAAUGAUUAAAACUGGAUCAUUGUGUUUAAAGGUUGGUUUACAGUGCUUUACUAAUUUACCAGAAACAUAUUUUGCAUUCGAUAAUUUAUUAAUAACAGGAUCUAUUUCUUCCGGAAAAACAUCAGCAGCUAAAUUAUUCUGUCAUAAACUUUCUAAAUGUCCAUAUUUUGUAAAAAUUAUUUGGAUAAGCGGACGUUUUUUAGCAGGUAAACUGUGGGAAACGGUUCAAAAACAACUAUGUAGUCAUUUUCAAGAAUGUGUAUAUUACCAACCAGCGGUUAUUGUUAUUGAUGAUCUUGAUGACUUGUGUCAUUUAAAUUCUGAACCUAAUGAGUUUGCUGACAUGUCUAAAAUAUAUCUACGACCACUUCAUUUAUUGAUGAGAAUGAUUGAAAAUUACACUAAUAAUGAACACUGUAUCAGGGUUAUUUGUACUGUAAAGCCAUUAAAUCAAGAAAAUGAAAAUUUGUUUACAAAACAGUUUAAACAUGUUUUUAAAACCAUUGUACAAAUACCAUUAAUUGACAAGGAAAAUAAAAAAUUAAUCAUUUCAAGACGUUUUACUAAAAUCAGAUCUGAUAUUGAUGUCAAUGAUAAUUUUUUAAUGUCCAUUUGUGAAAAAAUGGAUAGUUAUGUCAUUCAAGAUCUUAUAGAUUAUUGUGAUAAAGUUUUGUUUGAAGUUUGUAAAGGUGAACAUAAUAAUAUAUUGAAUAAAUCUGUUAUAACUGAUGUUUUUGAAAAAACUAUUCCACUUUCACUGCAUAAUGUUAAGCUGUAUAAAGAGAAAAAUAUUAAUUUUUCAUCAGUUGGUGGUUUAAAAGAAGUUAAACAAAUAAUCACUGAAACAAUUAUUUGGCCAUCAUUACACUCUGAUAUUUUUAGUAAAUGUCCUCUUAAACUGCAGUCUGGAGUUUUAUUAUAUGGUGCCCCUGGUACUGGCAAAACAUUAUUGGCUAGAGCAAUUGUUGGAGAGAGUAAUUUGAAUUUCAUUUCAAUCAAUGGGCCUGAAUUACUUUCAAAAUAUGUUGGUGAAAGCGAAGAAAAUGUUAGAAAAAUAUUUCAAAGAGCCCAAAAUGCAAAACCAUGUAUUAUUUUUUUUGACGAAUUUGAAAGUAUUGCACCCAGACGUGGAUCGGAUCAAACAGGAGUUACUGAUAGAGUUGUUAACCAAUUUUUAACGCAGUUAGAUGGCGUUGACUCAUUUGAAGGAGUAUGGGUGAUUGCAGCUACUUCUCGUCCUGAUUUGAUUGAUCAAGCAUUGUUAAGACCUGGUCGAAUUGGUGUUAAAUUACAUUGUCCAAUUCCAACUACUAGUGAUAGACAAGAUAUUUUACAAGUACUUAGUAAAAACGUUACUUUAUCUGAAAAUAUUGAUUUACAUACUGUUGCUACUGAAACAAUAAAUUAUACUGGCGCAGAUUUAAAUGGACUAUUAUAUACAGCUUUCUCAAUAGCAGAAAAAAAAUCGUUAAAAGAACAAAAUGGAAAAUCGUCUUCAAAUUUCAAUAGCAUCUGUAAACUGAUAAUCAAAAACGAAGAUUUUCUGGAAGCUUUAAAAGUGACUAAACCAUCUUUGAGCCAAGCCGAAAUUGAUCAAUUCUUACGAAUGCACCAGGUAUUUUCCGAAAAAAAAAUUGCUAACAACAGAAAUGAAGUCAUUGUUGAUGAAAACAUAGAACGGAUUAAAGAACAACAAAAAACGACAUUUGCGUAAUUUUUUAGGUAUAAUUAAUAAUACAAAACAUUUUAUUUUAAACAAAGGUGAUUGUAUAUUUAUGUAUUUAAUUAAAUAGUGAUA